AUGCCGAAAAAGAAACCGAUACCAGUAGAAGAUCUGGUGGUGCCGCCGCAGGACACCCGGAUAUGCGGUACGAUAUGCGUGUGCCAGAUGACGGCCGUGCUGAGCAGCGUGGCCAUCGUGUACCUGACAGUGGCCAUAUACAUGCCGACCAUGCGGGAGUUCAAGUCGGGCAUAUCGGAGGACCCGGUAGUGUGCACCACCACCAGGAACGUGUCGUCGCAGAAAUGUGACUGGAGCUCGUGCAGCGAAUGGUGCCUGAGCAAGCCGUCCGGCGGCUGCGCGCAGAUCUACGUCAACAUCCGGCAGAACGGGUCGGCGCUGCUGCUGCACAACUGUUCACACGUUGUCAACAAGACGUGCUUCGGGUUCGACCCGGAGAACGCCAAGCGGUACACGUGCAUCCGGGACGAGUGCAAGACGCUGACCGGCACGUUCAACUGCACCGACGGCGUGUGCAUAAACAUCACGGACGCGUUCCGGUGCGAGUUCCGCAACACGGAGCCGCCGCUCAAGUGCAACGAGUACCGGGGCAAGAUCACGUGCAUGGCCAUAGCGGGCCUGAACAGCUGCCUGCGCGGCGAGUGCAGUCGCAUACUGGAGCCGUACAACUGCGACCGAAGGUGCGUGGACAUACCUACCAGGAACAAGAACGUGAUCGUGCUGAGCGGCGACCGGACGUUCUUGGCACGGUGCGACGCGGCCGCGCACCUGCCCGGUUACAUGGACGGCGACCCGUUACCGCGGGAAGUCGAAGACGGCGGCGGUGGCAUCAUCGAAACCGAACGGCGGCGGCGGAUAUGGUCCGAGGAACAGGACGACGUGCUGAUUGCGUCGUGCAUGAGCGUGGUCCUGGGAGGGCCACCGGGGGAUCUGCUAGCCACGGACUGCGUCAACGGAUCGCUACUGCGGCAGGACGUGCUGGCCGACUUUGCAAACUUCUCGCACCUAACCAACCUGAACGCGCAGAGCGACAGGCCAAUCGUGGCCGGUGACGUGGUGGCGCCUCGAGAACACAAGCUACUUAUUGCCAAGGACAGUCACCUGCACAUCAACCUGGAGGGCUGCGUGAACACGCUCCGCGGCGAGUGCGACGUGUUCAUCCGACGGUUCGGCAAGGACGGUUCCGACCACAACGCUCGGGCCCGGUUCCGGUGCUUCUACGCCACCGGCAUACCCGAGCUGGCAGUCGUCCGGUUCGACUUGGGCCGCACAUACAAGGAGUUCCUGGUGGCGUCUGUGGUACCGGUGGUCAUGCUCGUCAUAUCGUGCUUGACGCUCAUCCUGUGCCAGCGAACUGUCGAGGUGGGCGACGACGCCAAGAUGCGGUUCAAGCGUAAGAGCAUCCGGACGCUGUUCCCACUGCACGACCGCGAGCUGGACAGCAUCGCCGGCCGCCGGCCGUCCACCGUCGACCUGGACAACACGUCCCUCUGA